AUGACAUUGGCACCUGUCGGGACGGACCUGUACCUGCACCAGAUGGCAGACAGCAGCUCCUUCGGCAUGGGCACUUGGCCCAAGCCUGAAGACAAGCAGAAGGCAGCGGCUGCCUUUGCCCAGCUCCAGGGCGCCAUGGGGACGCUGGGCAUCUCGGAGAGCGAGCAGCGAGCCGUUUGGCGGGUGUUGGCGGCCAUCUACCACCUGGGCGCCGCGGGGGCCUGCAAAGUGGGCCGGAAGCAGUUCAUGAGGUUCGAGUGGGCGAACCGUGCAGCCGAGGCCCUGGGCUGUGAGUACGAGGAGCUGAACACGGCCACCUUCAAGCACCACCUGCGACACAUCAUCGAGCAGGUGACGAGUGGGCCGAACCGGCGGGGCCUUGAGGACGAGGAGACCAGCUCAGGGCUCAAGAUGACAGGCGUGGAGUGUGUGGAGGGGAUGGCCUCGGGCCUGUACCAGGAGCUCUUUGCUGUCGUGGUCUCGCUUAUCAACAGGUCCCUCUCCUCCCACCACCUCUCCAUGGCCUCCAUCACGGUGGUGGACCCUCCCGGCUUUCAAAACCCCCGGCACCAGGGCAAGGAGCGGGCGGCCACCUUCGAGGAGCUGUGCCACAACUACGCCCACGAGCGCCUGCAGCUGCUCCUCCACCGGCUGACCUUUGUCUCGGCGCUGGAGCGACACCGGGAGGAAGGUGUCCCUGUGCAGUUUGACCUUCCGGAGCCGUCCCCGGGGACCACGGUGGCCGUGGUGGAUCAGAGUCCCUCCCAGGUCCGCUUACCAGCUGGAGGAAGCACUGAGGAUGCGGGGGGCCUUUUCUGGGUCCUGGAUGAGGAGGUCCGGGUGGAGGGCUCGAGUGACAGCGUGGUGCUCGAGCGUCUCUGUGCUGCCUUCGAGAAGAAAGGAGCUGGGGCUGACGGGAUGUCGGCCCUUCGGACCUGUGAGCAGCCCCUCCAGUGUGAGAUUUCCCACCAGCUGGGACGGGACCCCGUGCGCUAUGACCUCACAGGCUGGCUCCACAGAGCCAAGCCCAACCUCUCAGCCCUGGGCGCCCCCCAGGUCCUGCAACAGUCCAAUAGGGAGGAGCUGAGGAGGCUGUUCCAGGCCCGGGCCAAGCUGCCGCCUGUGUGCCGGGCCGUGGCAGGCCUGGAGGGCGCCUCCCCACAGGCGCUGCAGAGGAGCUGCGUCGUCAGGAGGACCUUUGCCAGCAGCUUCGCGGCCGUGAGGAGGAGAGCCCCGUGCUCGCAGAUCAAGCUGCAGAUGGACGCGUUGACCAGCGUCAUCAGACGGUCUCAGCUACACUUCAUCCACUGCCUGCUCCCGGGUCCAGUGGUGGAGGGCAGGGGCGGGCAGGGGUCUUCGACGUCACUACAGCCUGGUGGAGACCAGCCCAGGGCUGGCGGGCCCCUGCCCUUGGACAUCCCGGCCCUGAGGGUGCAGCUUGCAGGGUCCUGCAUCCUGGAGGCGCUGCGUCUGCACAGGGCAGGCUACGCUGACCACAUGGGGCUCACCCGGUUCCGCCGGCGAUUCCAGGCGCUGGACCCUCUGCUCAUGAAGAAGCUCAUGUUGGCCACCGAGAGGAUUGACGAGAGGAAGGCUGUGGAGGAGCUCUUGCAGACCCUGGAUCUGGAGAAGAAGGCAGUGGCCGUGGGGCACAGCCAAGUCUUCCUCAAGGCGGGCGUGGUCUCCAGGCUUGAGAAACAGCGAGAGAAGAUGCUGAUUCAUAGCAUCGUUUUUUUCCAGGCGACUUGCAAGGGCUUUCUGUCUCGCCAGGAAUUCAAGAAGCUGAAGAUUCACCGACUGGCCGCACAACGCAUCCAGAAGAACAUGGCUGUGUUCCUGGCGGUCAAGGACUGGCCGUGGUGGAAGCUGCUGGGUUCCCUGAGGCCCCGGCUGAGUACCGCCAUCGGGGAUGAGCAGCUCCAUGCCAAGGAGGAGGAGCUUACAAUGCUGAGAAAGAAGCUAGAAAGAUCGGAGAAGUCUCGGAAUGAACUCCGGCAGAGCACAGACCUGCUGGAGAGCAAGAUUGCUGACUUGACCACAGAGCUCGCUGAUGAGCGCUUCAAAGGGGACGUGGCCUGCCAGGUGCUGGAGAGUGAGCGGGCCGAGAGGCUGAGGGCCUUCCGGGAGGUCCAGGAGCUGAAGAGCAAGUAUGGGCAAGUCCAGAAGAAUUUGGGAGAAGUGCAGAAGCAGUUGGAAGAAGCUCAGCAGAAAAUUCAGUUGAAUGACUUGGAGAGGAGUCACACUGGAAGAGCGGACGAGUGGCAGAUGCGCUUUGACUGUGCCCAGAUGGAGAAUGAGUUCCUCAGAAAGCGGCUACAGCAAUUUGAAGAGAGGUUGGACUCAGAGCUGACAUCCAGGAAAGAGCUGGAGCAGAAGCUCGGGGAGCUGCAGAGCGCUUACGAGGGCGCCAAGAAGACGGCUCACCAGCUGAGGAGAAAGUGCCACCGUCUGACCUGCGACCUGGAGGACACCCGCCUCCUGCUGGAGAACCAGCAAAGUCGCAACCACGAGCUCGAGAAGAAGCAGAAAAAGUUUGACACGCAGCUGGCCCAGGCCCUGGGUGAGUCGGUGUUUGAGAAGGGCCUCCGAGAGAAAGUGGCCCAGGAAAACACCAGCGUCCGGUGGGAGCUAGGCCAGCUUCAGCAACAGUUGAAGCAAAAGGACCAGGAAGCUGUGCAGCUGAGGCAGGAGGUGGAGAUGCUGCAGGCCCAUAAGCGGGAGCUGCUGGCGUCGUCUUCUCUGGGGGAAAAUUGUGUCGCGGGCUUGAAAGAGAGGCUCUGGAAGCUGGAAUCCAGCGCCCUCGAGCAGCAGAAAAUCCAGAACCAGCAGGAAAACACCAUCAAGCAGCUGGAGCAGCUCCGCCAGCGGUUCGAGCUGGAGAUCGAGAGGAUGAAGCAGAUGCACCAGAAGGACCGUGAGGACCAGGAGGAGGAGCUGGAGGACAUCCGCCAGUCCUGCCAGAAGCGGCUCCGCCAGCUGGAAAUGCAGCUGGAGCAGGAAUAUGAGGAGAAGCAGAUGGUCCUCCAUGAGAAGCAGGAUUUGGAAGGCUUGAUCGGGACCCUCUGUGAUCAGAUCGGCCAUCGGGACUUUGACGUCGAGAAGCGUCUUCGGAGGGACCUCAGAAGGACCCAUGCGCUGUUGUCGGACGUACAGCUCCUUCUGGGGACCAUGGAGGAUAGCAAGACGUCGGUCAGCAAGGAGGAGCUGGAGAAAGUGCACAGCCAGCUGGAGCAGAGUGAAGCCAAGUGCGAGGACGCCUUGAAGACCCAGAAGGCGCUGACUGCCGACCUGGAGAGCAUGCACAGCGAGCUGGAAAACAUGACCCGGAGCAAGACCCUGGUGGAUGAGCAGCUGUACCGGCUACAGUUUGAGAGAGCGGAUCUCCUGAAGCGCAUCGAUGAGGACCAGGAUGACCUGAAUGACCUCAUGCAGAAGCACAAGGACCUCAUUGCUCAGUCUGCGACUGACAUUGGGCAGAUCCAACAAUUGCAGCUGCAGCUGGAGGAAGCCAAGAAGGAGAAGCACAAGCUUCAAGAACAACUGCAGGUGGCUCAGAUGCGCAUCGAGUACCUGGAACAGUCCACUGUGGAUCGAGCCAUCGUCAGCAGGCAGGAGGCGAUCAUCUGUGACCUGGAGAACAAGACAGAGUUCCAGAAAGUGCAGAUUAAGAGAUUCGAGGUCCUCGUGAUCCGGCUCCGGGACAGCCUGAUCAAGAUGGGCGAGGAGCUCUCGCAGGCGACCACGUCCGAGUCCCAGCAGCGAGAAAGCAGCCAGUACUACCAGCGGCGCCUGGAGGAGCUGAAGGCGGACAUGGAGGAGCUGGUGCAGCGGGAGGCGGAGGCCAGCCGCAGGUGCAUGGAGCUGGAGAAGUACGUGGAGGAGCUCGCAGCGGUGAGGCAGACCCUCCAGACAGACCUGGAGACGUCCAUCCGGCGGAUUGCUGACCUGCAGGCAGCCUUGGAAGAGGUGGCGUCCAGCGACAGCGACACGGAGAGUGUCCAGACGGCAGUGGACUGUGGCAGCAGUGGCAGAAAAGAGAUAGAUAACAUCUCCGUCGUCAGCUCCCAGCCAGAGGGCAGUCUGCAGUCCUGGUUGAGUUGUUCUCUGUCCCUGGCCACAGACACCAUGAGGAGCCCCUCUCGACAGUCAGCCAUCAGCAGCCACAUCCUCAGCCCCAGGAUGAAUGAGGAGGUCGGGGAUGCUGAGAAGACCCAAGGGGCGUCGGCACUGAGCGGAGCCCGGGACAUGCCAAGCAAGAGCUCUGGGGACAAGUCCGUUUCUCCCCUCUCCCUCCGCCGGCCAAAGUACUGCCAUUUUGGGGAGGGCGAAGAGUGUGGCGCCCAGAGAAAGCCCACGGAGAGAUUAGGAGCUCCGUCUUCUUCCCCGGCCUCUCGGAGUACAAACUCGUCCCCGUCAUCCAGGGAAAAGCUGCCGAGUCCUUCGGCGGCCCUGUCGGAGUUUGUGGAAGGGCUCCGGAGGAAGAGAGCGCAGAGAGGCCAGGGCUCGGCGCUGAGCUUGGAGGACUGGCCCACUCUGCCCAUUUACCAGACCACCGGGGCGUCCACACUGAGGAGGGCCAGGGCGGGCAGUGACAAAGGAGACCUCUCACCGAGGCUCAGGGCAAAGUCACCCCUGGAGACGCAGGCCACCGCUGGGACAUCAGCUGGUCUCCUGCGGUCCACCAGCCUGAAAUGCAUCUCUUCUGAGAGCGCUGAGGGCACCGCCUUGCUACCCGAGAAGCUGAAGACCAGGUUCAGUUCCUGCGAGUCCAUCUUAGAGUCAGGGCCAGGCUCGGGGAGAAAAGCGAGAUCCCCAACCAUGCCCAGGGACACGUUCUUGUCGCCCACGCUGCGCCCCCGGAGGCGCUGUCUGGAGGCCUCCCUGGACGACGCGGGCUGUCCAGACCUUGGGAAGGAGCCGCUCGUCUUCCAGAACCGCCAGUUUGCCCACCUAAUGGGGGAGCCUCUGGGCAGUGACCCGUUCAGCUGGAAGCUCCCAAGCCUUAACUAUGAACGCAAGACCAAAGUGGAUUUCGAUGACUUUCUCCCGGCCAUCCGGAAGCCCGAGACUCCUACGUCCUUGGCCAGAGCAGCCAAAGAUGGGCAAGACAGGCCGCAGCAUUCAAGCGUCCACUUUGAGACGGAAGAGGCCGACCGGACCUUUCUCACAGGGAUCAAGACCAUUUUGAAGAAGAGCCCGGAGUCCAAGGAGGACCCCGCUCUCCUCUCUGACUCGUCCUCCUCCUCCAGCUCCAUCGUGUCCUUCAAAAGUGCCGACAGCAUCAAGAGCCGGCCGAGAAUCCCGCGGCUGGAGGGUGAUGGUGGGGAGCGCACGUCACCCGAGAACAGAGAGCCGGGGGCAGGGAGGAAAGACGAGGAUGUUGAGAGCAUAAUGAAGAAAUACCUGCAGAAGUAGCAGCCGCUCAGCCUCCUGAGAUGCACUGCCCUCGAAGAUUCCUGACUCCCCAGCUGUCUGGAGAGAGAGAGCGGCCAGGCCUCCCCAGGGGCCCGCAGUCCAGAGCCAGCCAGUGUGGCCACUCUCGAAAGGCAAGAGGGGCCCAGCCAAGGCAUAUCCCGCAAGACGUGGGGGCUCCCAGUGUGCCUGGUCUGUACAAAAUAAAGUGUUGGCUUCUUGGCA